AAGAAAAAAAAAAAACUGUAGAAAAAACAGGAAAAAAAAAAAGCGAAGGAAAUCCGUCUUCACGAUCGUUGCAGAGAAUAAAAAAAAAGAAAACCUAUAAGCGAUCGUGGCCGCGAUUCGCAUGGCGAUGAAGCUUUUGGCAUUGCACCGGAAGAAUGGUACAAGAACGUGCAGCAUGACCUCCAGUUCAAAGACCUAAUUCGACUAGCGGCGGAGCAACGGCGGCGCAACCAUCUGCUAUGGGUGGUUUUCAAAGAACUCCGUAGAACGGUGAUGAAAAAUUGAGGAUAAUUGAAGCUCUAUUGUUAUUGUCCGGAGAGGGAGGGGACAGUUGAAAUUAGGUUAGGCUUAUUGGUUCCGGACAAUCGAGGUCAGGGAACGGAGCUUUUUGGACUCGAGAAAUACUUUCACUAGAAGCUUCAUCAAGUCUGAGCUCUGACCGAAGGUUUGAAUGGUGAUAUCAUUACUGGUUCUGAAACUGUAGACAUGAAGCUACCGAACCUGGAUGGAGAUUCAUAACCGUGUGUCCGGAGAUUUUGGGCAGGAUGAGGAGAUUGUGCAGAAAAUAACAGAUUCUUAUAUGAGAACAUGUGAGAAAGAACUUCAGAAAAGUGGGUCUAAAAAUCCAAAGAAAAAUAAAGAGGAAUUAAACAUGCAGCCAGAGAUUGAGACUGGUCAGGUACAAUAUAAUGGAUCAAGUACAGGGACUGAUACUAACGAUAUUAGUGCAGAAGAACUUAGUUGCAAACCACCUCAGAAGCCCUCAGCGGACUUAGAAGAUGAAGAUGCAAUUUGUACACGCACAAGGGCUCGUUAUUCACUUGCUAAUUUCACUCUUGAUGAACUUGAAAACUUUUUACAAGAGACGGAUGAUGAGGAUGACCUUCAAAAUGUUGAUGAUGAAGAAGAAUACAGGAAAUUUCUUGUUGCAGUGUUGCAGGAUGUAGAUGUUGACAGCAAAAGUCAAGAAAAUGAAACUGUUGAAGAUGAGGAUGAGGAUAAUGAUGCUGACUUUGAGAUAGAACUUGAAGAGGCACUUGAGAGUGAUGUUGAUGAAGUUACAAGAGACUUGACCCAAAAGGAGAAUGACAGAGCUGUAAGACGACCAGAGACUAGACAGAAUAAACGUUUAAAAGCGUCGGUUCAAAAUAGCAAACGACAUUUAGGACAGGCAAAGCGGCCACUGCGGCCACUCUUGCCAAUAUUGCCUAAUGAACCCAUUGCUUCUUUUUCCCCUCACGAUGGGAAAACCUUGGCAACUUGGAAUGCUCCUACUUCUAGGUCUUCUGUGAAUAAGGAUAACUUAAUAAAUGGCUUUGCGCCAAAUCAAAUAGGCCAAUUAUACUGUUUGAUUCAUGAGCAUGUGCAACUUCUCAUUCAAGUCUUUUCCAUAUGUAUAUGUGAUUCUUCUCGACAACAUAUUGCCUCCCAGGUACAUGGAUUAAUCUCGGAGAUGCUUCACAAACGGAAUGACGUAUUGGCAUGGAAAAAGGUUCCAUUUCCUAGCAUUUGCUUUGACUUUCCAUCUGUUUAUUCGUCAAUGCCAGAUGAAGUAACCAAUAGUAGUUUCCAAGUGCAAAGAACAUUGGAAUCAGACAACUUUUGCAGUGGACAAAUCACGUGCUCUGCUCAACAAACCUACCAAAGGGUUGCAUCACAAACAACUUAUGAUAGAGGGGGUGAUUCUGUUUCUAGUAGACUGGUGGUUGGAGGCUCAAGUUGGGCACCAUUUGUAAGUGGCCCAGUACUAUCUAUGCUCGAUGUAGCCCCGCUGAACUUAGCUGGAAGCUAUUUGGACGAUGUUAAUACUGUUGUUCAAGAUUAUCGAAGACGUAGUUUGGAAUCAACAUCAGAUACACCCUUAGAAAGAGAACCCCUUUUCCCCCUCCCCAGUCUCCAUGCAUUUCCUGGAGUUAAUUAUGAAGGUAUGUCUGGAAGCAUCUCAUCUGUCAACACAGUAACACUUUCUCCUAGUCAACAGCCACCUAAGAAGUCAUUAGCAGCUACUCUUGUUGAAAGCACCAAGAAGCAGUCUGUUGCCACGGUUCUAAAGGACAUUGCGAAGUUAGCCCAACAAUUCUUUCCUUUAUUCAACCCAGCAUUAUUUCCUCAUAAGCCACCGCCAGCUGCUGUGGUAAACCGGAUUCUUUUCACUGAUGCUGAGGAUGAAUUAUUAGCCCUAGGAUUGAUGGAAUACAAUACAGAUUGGGAGGCUAUCCAUCGGCGAUUUCUUCCUUGCAAAUCUACACAUCAGAUUUUUGUUAGGCAGAAAAAUCGAUGCUCAUCAAAAGCACCUGAAAAUCCAAUCAAGGCAGUUCGGAACUUGAAGACUUCACCUUUGACCGUGGAGGAGGUAGCACGCAUUCAAGAGGGACUUAAAAUUUACAAAUCCGAUUGGAUGUCUGUAUGGCAAUUUGUUGUCCCCUAUAGAGAUCCAUCAUCAUUAGCAAGGAAAUGGCGCACUGCCCUUGGAAUUCAGAAGUCUUAUAAACAAAAUAAUCCAGAAAAGAAGGAAAAACGACGUAUAUAUGAAUCAACACGGAGAAAGAUGAAGGCUGCAAAUCAUGAGUCUAAGUUUGAAAAUACUGGCAGGAUAAACAAUAAUGGACUCAAUCUCGUUGAUGGUAACCUUCCUUGUGAUAUAUUACCGGAAAAGGAUAUCCAGAGUAGAGAACGAAGUAACACAGUUGAAUCUGGAGACAUGCAAACCCAGAAAAAAAAUGUUGAUUGGUUUUCUUCUGGACCAGCAUUCUCAGAACCUCCACAAUUGCUUUCAACUACAACUGGACAUGUAACAUCCACUACAGAUGCACAGAAUCUCAGAGUUUCAGAUGUGAAGUCUCCGAUGUACUCUAGGAGUUAUUGGGCUCGCAGAUCUAAUAGUUCACAUUUGGUCAAACUAGCUCCCGACCUUCCACCUGUCAAUCUUCCUCCAUCGGUUCGUGUGGUUCCCCAGUCAUUUUUCAGAGGAUCUCUUUUUGGAGCACCAGCAAAGGCUUUUGUAGCCAAAAGCAAUAAGGAAGUUUCUCAGGCGACCAAUACAGUCAAUAGCAUGCUGAACAAUAGUAAUCCACCGAACAAUGUAACCAAUGUCAUCCCACUAACGGAAGAUGCUUCUAAAUCAGACAUGGAAGAAUGCAGAGCUAACAAUGAUAAUCCUACUGAGACAGAAAGGGGAGCAGAUUCUGAUCUUCAUAUGCAUCCUUUACUUUUCCGGGCCUCUGAUGAUGGAUCUGUGCCUUAUUACCCCUUAAAUUGUAGUUCUAGUUCAUCUGAUACUUUCAGUUUCUUCUCAGGAAACCAACCUCAGUUGAAUCUCAGUCUAUUUUAUAAUCCACAGCCAGAAUACCAUGUUGGCUUUGAAAAAUUAUUGAAGUCAAAGAAUUUCACUUCAUCACAUAGCAUUGACUUCCAUCCGCUCCUGCAAAGAACUGAUGAUAUAGAACAGGUAAAUACGGCUGCAUCUUUGGAUGGCAGAUCUCCUCAUGGUCACAACAUAUUUGGUGCUGUACAGAACCAACCUUUGGUUAGCAAUGGACAGUUGCCUAGGGGUACGGAAUCCUUUAAGCAUGGUGAUAAGAGUUAUGGUUUGGAUUUAGAGAUGCACCUUAGUUCAGCAUCCAAUAUAGAUACUAUUCCAGGGAAUAGAGUAUUCACUGCACAUGAUCAUUUGAAGUCAAUGACUGCUAGAAAUUCAGAAGCAUUAGAGAACCUACACAAUGGUCACUUGCAUGGAGAAACAAGAAGAACUAAUGAAGAGAGCAAUCUUGUUUCUGAUGCUCAUCCUGGGGUUCAACCAUCUAUGGACAAUUGCAGUGAUGAUGUGGAUGACCUUUCUCACCCAGGUAUCGUUAUGGAACAGGAAGAAUUAAGUGACACUGAUGAAGAAGUUGAAGAAAAUGUUGAGUUUGAGUGCGAGGAGAUGGCUGACUCUGAAGGAGAGGAUGGAUCUGACUGUGAUCCAAUUACUGAUUUGCAACAGAAGAGGGUUACUCGAAGUCCAGGCUAAGUGAGUACUGGAGACUUUCAUGUCCAUCGUAGAGGAAAACUCGAUAUCAUAACCAUCGCAAGUUGGUCUGCCACUUCUCAAAGUUGCUUUAUAUAUUGCUCCCGAGCAAUUUUUUGAGAAUUCGAUUCAAUCUUGGAGACCAGAAAGUCAUUUGCAGUGUUAAUUCACUCUUUGGAGAUACCUUUCAACAUUGAACAGAUGAAGAAACAAAAAUACGCUACACAAGUAGCUAAUUAAUCCUUGGCACUUUUCCACAGCCACUAGUCUUGAUAUGCAUGGGAAAGUGCACAGUGAAAAGCCACCAUGAAUUUAGGCCAAGCAUGGCAACAUUGGCCAGUAUUUACCCACUGCAUUUCAAAGUCCAAUAUUCCCAAGAAAGUUUAGGUAUUUAUUCGAAACUUCAUUCAAGGGAAGCUAAAAAGUUGUGACGAUAUCAAAGAAGAAUGUCUACAUAUCUUCUCUUCAAUUGGCGUGGGUUGUGUAAAGGAAGCUCUGAGAACCAUGGCCUCAUUCUUUUUGCACGGUCCAGCCGCUAAUGCAUGUUGUUUUCAGUACUUUUGGGUUAAGUUGAUGUUUUCCCCGAUCUUAUGAGGACUCCCUUCUCCAGCUCCUUUUGGGCCCCUCAAAAACCAUGACAAAGUUUAAGGAUCAGUGCCGUUUCUGCCACCCUUUGGCGUUUAUGGCUUCAAAGAAACCAGUGAAUAUUCACUGGACAGCAGUUGAGGAUAGACAGUUUAUGUGACCUUAUCAAGCCAUUCCUCUUCUCGGUGUCUCUUUUCAGAAAAAGAAAAAAAAAAGUGAUGAAGCCUCUGUGAUGAUCGACUGCGUGCAGAGAAUUUAUAAAGAAGCCAUUGAAAACUUGGAAGCUGCCAAUGAGAAGUAUAAAACAGAAGCUGACUCCCACUGCCGAUCAAUAACCUUCAAACCAGGAGAUUUGGUCAUGAUCUACCUCAACAAAGGAAGAAUUCCUAGAGGAGCUACAAACAAACUUUCACAAAAGAAAUUUGGACCAUUCACCAUCAUUGAACAACUUGGAGAAAAUGCUUACGAAGUAGACCUCCCUCCACACAUGAAUAUUAGUUCAACAUUCAAUGUAGCUGAUUUAUCAUUAUAUCAAGCUCCGGAAGACUUCAAACUCUCACCAUAACUGAUGUAAGAAGAAUAGGGUUAAUUGAGUAAUUAGGUAAUAUUCUAGUUUAAUUCCCUUUUUACCCCCACUUGUAAGAAAGCUCUAUAAAUAGGAACCUUGCCCUCUUGUAUCAAAUACAUUAUUCAUUCUAAUAAAAGAUCCACAAUCUUGAUUCUCGGAGAUAAUUAUCCUCUUAUCUCCUUUAGACUACAUCAAUUUGGUAUCAAAGCAUCCGUUUGGGCCAAUGUUGACUGCCGCCGGUGGAAGAACGGGAAACUCUUGACGAAGCCCAUCGCAAGAGGGAGCUUCGUGAGUUGUGCUUGUUGCCAAACAACACACAUCUAAUUAGGGGGAACUCUUGAAAUUCCAAGAAAGAAAAAAGAAACCGAAGUUUAUCAAGAUUUUGUAAGAAUGGACCAUUUUCAAUCAAAGAGGACAUCCAAAAAAAAUCAGCAGUUGGUAUAGGCAAGAAAAUCAAAUUUACUUCAAAAAACGAUGCAAGAAUUUUGACUUGAAGUGAUCAGAAGAACUCCAACAUCCUAAUUUUGCCCAUGCUCGAUUUUCUCAAAGGAUUUAUCAUUAUCAACAUUGAAAAUUUGAUUCUAGUGACUCGAGUGAUGUUUUUAAGGCAUUUUUGGACGGAAUAAGAAGGCGACAAUAUCGAAAAAGGACCCAAUGAUCCAAUUAAACCCAUUUUUCAAGAAAUUAACAAAAAGAUUGGGAGUUAGAUGAAUUAAAGAAUCAUCCAGAGUGGAUUUUUACAGCUCAAGAAGAACGAACAAAGACUCAAAAUUAUUCUUUUGGUUAUGAAACAUGAUCAAGAAAGGUUGAUUCAAGAAAAUCAAUGGACGAGUUACACUACGAGAUUGAGGCAUAUCCAAGAAUCUAACAAAAUGUUUACUUUGAUCUUGUAGCAUUGGAGGAAAUAGAGAAAACAACAAAAGAAAUCCAACAUUCAUUAGGGAAAAUGACUCAACAUAUUGAUCAACUAUCAAUUCAUUUGCAAGAGUUUAAGAACGGAUUGAUUUCAUAUACUGAAGAAAAAACAAAGGAAUCACGGUUGGAAAGUUUUCAAAUAGAAAAUCUUGAAGAUAAAAUUGAAGAAAAACAAGAAUUUGAAGAUAUUGAUUUGGAAAUAGUCGCAAGCGAAGAAGAAAAAUCCAACGUAGAAGAUGGAAGGGAAGUAUUGAACAUCGAGCAAGAAUCAAACAAGAACGACACAUUGAUUGCAAUGGAAAUGGAUCACCAAACUAUCGAAGAACUUGAAGCAAUGCCUUUGGAAGGUGGUUUUUUAAGAAUUGGUCCUUUGAACACGGUUUUGAAUGAACUUGAAGGAAAUAUCUUUUUUGGAUUUAUGGCCGAUGGGAAGUUCAUCUUUUGGUGGCAAUAUCGAAUUUUGUCUCGAAUUUAUCCCUUUGAUCAUAAUAUUUUUGUUCAAAGUGUAGGAGGUUGGUUUGGUCAUACUCCGUUGAACAAGUUUAUUUCAUUUCUUGUUUGCUUCAUAAUUUUUUCUUUUUAAAACUCGAUGACAAGUUUUCUUUUUGGAGGGGUAGACUGAUGAAAGAAGAAUAGAGUUAAUUGGGUAAUUAGGUAAUAUUCCAGGUUAAUUCCUCUUUUUACCCCCACUUGUAAUAAAGCUCUAUAAAUAAGAAUCUUUCCCUCUUAUAUCAAAUACAUUAUUCAUUCUAAUAAAAGAUCCACAAUCUUGAUUCUUGGAGAGAAUUCUCCUUUUAUCUCCUUUAGGCUACAUCAAUAACUUGAGGACGAGUUUCUUUUUAAGGGGGGAAGAACUGAUGUAGGGCUACUUUGGGAAUUUUGAAUGGCUGUACUUUAUUUGAUUGUUUUAUAAUCAUUUUUCAAAUUAAUAUUUUAGUUUAGGUGUGACAAAAUCCUUCUCCUUUAAGUCUAUUUAAAUGAGGUUAAGAUUAGUUAGUUAGUUUGGUACUUUAGGUGUGAAACCACUCAUUCCCUUUGGGUCAAUUUAAAGGGAACUUAUUAGCCUUUCAUUCAUAAUAUCAAUAAAAUUCCUUCUCCAACAAUUCUCCAAAAAAUUCUCCUCUCUCUUGCAAAUUGCAUCAGCAUGUUUAUAACAUUAUUAUAAAGAAAAAAAAAAACGUUUUAUGUUAUUUUAAUACAAUGGAAAGCAUGAUACAAUGUUUCUAUUUUUUUUAAGCAAAUAGAAAUGUAAUUAUAGUAUCGAAGAUUUAUUGUUGCAUCUUCCGUAGCAUUUGGAUCUAAUACUUGCCAAUGGAAGAAGAUGAAACAGAACCCGCCCCUCGUGGUGUAGUGCAAUAUGAAAGUCGGGAUCCAUUCUUUGAAGCUGUUUGGCAAUUCAAGGAUAUUGCAGGUAUCAUUCCAUGAUUACAUUAAGAUUCAACUUCUCCAGAUCGUUUCCUACAUUCAAAUCUUGGUCUCGGUCAUAAGCACUUUUGAGUAUGACACUGUAAAAAUGCACCUCCUUCAGCCCGAUAUAUUAUUGAGAACAGAGAACACCAAGGGAAACACAUAACAUGUUUGCAAUACGAGUUUGUGUAAAGCCCCGUAAUUCGAGCGAGAUUGUCAUGGGUCAAUAUCAGAUAUGGUUUGGUAACCCCUCGUAUUGGAUACACGGUCUCACCGUUCCCAGGAUGAGAUGUAAAGAAUUACUUUCAUAUCCCAUCAGGAAAUAUGGAACUAAAGUAAGACGGAGGAUUGGAUUUGCAGUAGAAAGCAAAAGCAGCUAAGUGAGAUAAAAGAAACUCUAGGUAUGGCUAACUCAAAUUUUCGGAUUGUGGAUUAUCUGAGGUAAAGUUAAGAAAGUUUUCCUUUGCCUCAUUGCUAUAUCCAGUUUGCUGUUAAAUAUGAAAUGUAAAGAAUUGUACAAUGUUUCAUCAUUUCUGGAUAAGUCUAAUGGGCCAUAUUGGUUCUUUCCAUAUAUGUGAAGUGGUUUCUUGAAGGAAGAAAUAAAAUAUAAUUUGGAAGGAAAAAUGAAAAAGGAGUUUGGUUUAGAAAUGAUCUCAAGUUGAGGCCUAGAGGUAAAUUGGCUCCAAGAGAGAUGGUUUAUAGGUAAAUUGCCACUAUGAGAUGAUUAUGACAAGUCAUAUCUACAGCUAUGUUCGGAUUCAUCAGUAUUUUGUUAAUAUCUUUGAAAUUAUAUUGGUUUUUAUAUUUUUAGAGUA